GGCCAGAGGGGCGAGAGACCAAGCCAGAGCCAGUGUCAGAGCCGAACAGUUCGAGUCUAAGACCACCUCUCUCACACACACACACACAUACACACAUGACGAGUACCACUGCAUGGACAUCUGAGGCCUGGAAGGCGCUCGCUGAGCACAAGGCUGAAGUUUCGCCGCCAACCUUUUCGGUGGCUGCAGCUCUUGCCGACGACGAUGGUCGGCUGGAUAAGCUCUGUGUGGCCUUUCCCGACUCUGCAACGGCUGAUGCUACGGGUGAUGCGGAGGAGGAUGUUGCGGGCAUUGGCCUCCUCGCGGACUUUUCCAAGCAUCUAGUGACCGAGCGAACGGUGGAGCUUUUCGGCGAGCUGGCGGCUGCCAUGGACUUUAACGCUCUCCGCGCUGCCAUGUUUGCGGGCGAGCACGUGAACGUGACCGAGGAUCGCGCUGUGGGCCAUGUUGCGCUCCGCACACCCGAGGCGUACAAGUGCCUCUACGAUGACGGCGCAUCGUCGUCAUUUGACUUUGCCGAGGAUGGCGCCGAGGCCGUCGGCACCGUCCUUGCCCAGAUGAAGGCCUUUGCCGACUCGGUCCGCAGCGGGACGUGGAAGGGCGCAACGGGCAAGGCCAUUGCCUCGGUCGUCAACAUUGGCAUCGGCGGCUCGGACCUCGGCCCGGCCAUGGUGGUUGGCGCGCUCGCGCCAUACGCAAAGGACGAGCUCGACAUGCACUUUGUGGCAAACGUCGAUCCGUCGAACCUCACCGAGGCGCUCGCCAAGUGCGACCGCGAGACGACGCUCUUCAUUGUCUGCUCCAAGACGUUUACGACAGCGGAGACGCUGGCCAACGCCAACGCGGCCAAGGCGUGGCUGCUGGAUCCGGCGGGCGGGCUCGACGACGCCGCCGUUGCCGCGCACUUUGUGGCCGUCUCGACCAACAGCGACGGCGUGGCGGGCUUUGGCAUUGACCCGGCCAACAUGUUUGCCUUCUCUGACUGGGUCGGCGGGCGUUACUCGGUCUGGGGCCCAAUCGGGCUCUCGGUCAUGCUCGCAGUGGGUCCCGAGGCGUUUGGUCGCUUCCUCGCCGGCGCGCACGCCGUCGACGAGCACUUUCUCACCGCUCCGCUCGCGUCGAAUAUCCCGUUCCUCAUGGGCACCCUCGACUUGUGGUACACCAACUUUUUCGGCUACACCUCGCACGCCGUCCUCCCCUACGACCACAACCUCGGCCGUUUUGCCGCCUACCUCCAGCAGUUGACCAUGGAGUCGCUGGGCAAGGGUGUGACCCGCGACGGCGUCCCGCUCCCGCCGCACCUCGUCACCUCGGGCUCGGUCGUGUUUGGCGAGCCCGGAACGCCGGCUCAGCACUCGUUCAUGCAGCUUCUGCACCAGGGCCAGGUCGUGCCGGCAGACUUUCUCGUCGCGGCCUCGUCGCAUGCAGCCAUCGGCACCCAGCACGAGAUGCUUGUCGCCAACGCCGUUGCCCAGGCUGAGGCACUCAUGGUGGGUAAGAGCCACGACGAUCCGGCCCGCGCCUUCUCGGGCAACCGUCCGACGACCACCUUUAUGUACCGCAAGCUGACCCCGGCUACCCUCGGCGCCCUUAUCGCCUUCUACGAGCAUGCUGUCUUUACCGUCGCCGCCCUCCUCGGCCUCAACGCCUACGACCAGUUUGGUGUUGAGCUCGGUAAGAAGCUGGCGUCGGCCAUUGUCGACGACUUUGCCGCGGCCUCAACCGAUGGUCACGACGUCUCCACCGCCCGCAUCAUGCAGCACUACCUGGCUCUCCGCUAAAUAUCACACAACAUGCCUC